AUGCGUCUCGAACAGCCCUCUUCUGGUGGGCCAGCCCCCGAGGCAAACACCAAGGUGGCUCCCAGUGCAACAAGGAACCUCCCCUUCGGUCAAUCCCCUCCCCUGUCCUCCAUCGGAGGCCCUACCUACGUGACUGCCCAGACGCUCGUCCAGCAGGUCGUGUAUUCUUUGUCCGACAAGGUCUUCUCCUACUCUCCAGAAACAUUUGAUCUCGACGCUGCUGCGAAAUCAUGGGCGAAGACGCAGGAGGCGAACGUCAACGGCUACACGACGGACAUCCAGUCGAUGCAGAUUCGCAAUGGAGCCGGGUCAAUAGCCAUGGGAUACAUGUUCUCCAAGGACUUUGAUCUGAAGAAGCGACAUAUCCCCCAGGGUCUGCUGGCGCCGUCUUCGGCGCUCCCCUUCUUGAGACCCGUGCUCGACCAACUUUCUCUGCUUUACUCGGUCAGCAAUCCCUUUGUCGCUCACGUGGCAGCACUCGACUACGAAGGCGACAAGAAUGGUGGUCUUGUGACAGAUUACGUCUCUGCACUUGCAGCUGCAGAGGACCUGGGUCUUGCCUUGGUUGCUAGCCAGUCUGCGUACGAAGUGCAGCAUAUGUCGCUUCUUGCCACCCUCCUGGCGCAGGAUGUCCCCUCGCUGCACAUAUACGACGGCUUGAGAGUCGGCAGAGACACUACCCGUGUCAUUGACAUUCUCGACAAGUCCGGCCUAGGUGCAGCAUACAACUCGAUCCUAAAAUCUAUCUCUGACGAAGAUCGGAAGCACCUGAGCACCGAAGGAAAGGCUUUAAAGACGUUGCGUGCUCUCAAUGAUGAGCUGGGUACCGACUACAAGCCUUUUGAGUAUCACGGCCAUGAGCAACCAGAGGUCGUCCUGGUGACUUUCGGUUCGGUCGAGUCCUCACUUGCUGGCCAAGCAGCGACCGCGUUGGCACAAUCCGGUAGCAGGGUUGGAGCCAUCAAUGUCCGACUGUAUCGACCUUUCGCCGAAGAGGCUUUCUUGAAGCUCAUCCCCAAAGGUGUGAGGGUGGUUGGUGUCCUCGGUCAGGUCCCUGACGCGCGAGCUGUCCAAGAAGCCGGUUUCCACUCCCAACUGUACGAAGAUGUGCUUGUUGCUGCGUCGUACGGGCUUGCGAUCCAUGAGACGCCUGAGGUACGGGAGUUGAAAUAUGCUCGCGCCGAGACCUGGACGCCGUCCUCCAUUUCUUCCACCUUCCAGAUGCUGUUGGGUAAGACUGCCGACGACCAAGGUAUUACCACUUUCUUGGACAACUCCGUCCAACGGUAUUCCUUCUGGAACAUUGACGACGCGCCGUCCGCAUCGGUGGCCACGUACUUGGCAGAGGCACUGGCCACCGAAUCCGCGCAGAACGUAACUGUCAAUACGACGUACGAUAAUCUCAUGCAAGGAGGCGUUCACAGGGUGGAUAUUCGCAAGUCGACCAAGUCCCUUGACGCCGCAUAUCCUAUUACCUACGCCAACACCGCCGUGGUCGUUGACGUCAAGCUUCUGGAGAAGGUCGAUAUCCUGAAAUCCGUGCAACAGUCCGGCAACAUCAUUCUCCUCCUCCCUGGCGUCAAGGACGAGGAUGUCGAAAAGAAACUCCCCACAGCGUUCAAAAAGGGUAUCGCCGAGAAAGGGAUCAGCUUGUUCCUGGUUGACCCAUCUAGGACGGCCCUCUCCUCCGACAUCGCCGACCUCGAAUCCCUAAUUGUUCAGGCCGCCUUCCUCCGCGUUGGUCUCCGCAGCUCCGAGGAAACAGGUCUGCAGAAACUUGCCUCGGUCAACAGCGACCUGGAGACCCUCGAGCAAGUGGCCGCAGAUCUGGAGAAAACGCUCCGUCAAAUCGAGGUUCCCAAAGAAUGGUCAGAGUGGGCAGCCGAGCAGCCCUUGUCCGCCUUGCCCACGAACAUCUCCUCCAACAGCUUCGCCAACUUCGACAAGUCCGAAGUCGAAGAACCACCCUCGGUCUUGCGCAGCUGGCAAAAGGCCGCAAAGGGUCUCCUGUUUAAAGAAGCAUACAACAGCUCCUCGCAAUUGCGACCGGACCUCUCCACAAAGACUUACACCGUGCAUGUCAAGGAAAACCGGCGCCUCACCCCGCUGACCUACGACCGCAACAUCUUCCACAUCGAAUUCGACCUCGGCGACUCGGGCUUGAAGUACGACAUUGGCGAGGCGCUAGGCAUCCACGCAGAGAACAACCACGACCACGUCAUGGACUUUAUCAGAUGGUACGGCCUGAACGAGGACGACGUGGUGGAGGUCCAAUCGCGCGACAACCCAGACAUUUUCGAGAACCGCACGAUCUACCAAUCGCUCAUGCAGAACGUGGACAUCUUCGGCCGCCCGGGCAAGAAAUUCUACGAGGAUCUCGCGGCGUUCGCGGACGACGAGACAGAAAGGAAAAACCUUCUGACGUUGGCCGGACCCGAGGGGUUCAAGGAAUUCCAACGCCGCGCCGAAGUCGACACCGUCACCUAUGCGGACGUCCUGCUGGAAUUUCCCUCGGCGCACCCUAACUUCCACGACAUCGUGCGCAUCGUCGCGCCCAUGAAGCGGCGCGAGUAUUCCAUUGCGUCGUGCCAGGCCGUCACGCCCACCUCCGUGGCGCUCAUGGUCGUGGUGGUCAACUGGACGGACCCCAAGGGCCGCGACCGGUUCGGCCAGGCCACAAAGUACCUGAGCGACCUGCGCGUCGGCGCGUCCGUGACCGUCAGCGUGAAACCCUCGGUCAUGAAGCUGCCGCCCCUCUCCACCCAGCCGAUCAUCAUGGCCGGACUGGGUACCGGGUUGGCACCCUUCCGCGCCUUCGUGCAGCAUCGCGCCUUGGAGAAGGCGCAGGGCAAGGAGAUUGGGUCCGUGCUCCUGUACAUGGGCUCGCGGCACCAGCGCGAGGAGUACUGCUACGGCGAGGAGUGGGAGGCCUACCAGGCCGCUGGGGUGAUCACGCUGCUCGGCCGCGCCUUCUCCCGCGACCAGCCGCAGAAGAUCUACAUCCAGGACCGCAUGCGGCAGACGCUCGACAGCAUCGUCAAGGCGUACAUCCAGGAGGACGGGGCGUUUUACCUGUGUGGACCCACGUGGCCCGUGCCGGACGUGACGAACGUGCUCGAGGAGGCGAUCGCCCGGGAUGCGAAGGCCAAGGGCGUCACCAAGAAGGUCGACACCGCCAGAGAGAUCAUGAAGCUGAAGGACGAGGGCCGCUAUGUUCUGGAGGUGUACUGA